AUGUUUUAUGACGCACCUGUGAUACCUUCUUCUCCUUGCACAAUUAGUAAGGCGUGUUGGGAGGAUAUAAUGGGAGACACAUACUCAUAUGAACAUGGCAUGAUUUACUACAACAACGCACUUAAAGAAAGCACACCCAGAACCGAGAAUGUGUCAAUGGCGAGCCAAGUUCCUUACUCACCUGUAAUAAAGCAGGAGUCAGAUUGCGGAUACUCUCAGACAGAGUAUACAUACAUAAGCUCUUCGGACUUCUUAUGUAUGACACCUGCUAAUACAUCGUAUACAUCGAACUCAAAAACUCUCUCCUGGGAGUCUCUUUUUGACGAAGAUUCUAGAAUUAUUCUGGAUAUACAAAUACCACAGCCUCCCCCAGACCACCAGAACACCCAGACGGAAACUGUUGAUUCCUUUCAGAGUUUUACAACUGCAAGCAUGAAAAUGGUAAAUCAGAACGUAAGGGGCAGUUUCGCUAUAUGUUCAGAUCUAGCUGCUUUCAUGGAACCCAAACAGAAACUGCUGACGAGUGCUUAUCUCGUCACGCUCAACUUCACAAAGUUGAAGUCAUUUCUCGGCAUCAUAAGCUUAAGCGGGCCUGCUCAGGAAUACAGACUUCCAAUCUUCAAGAAAAUCGAGUCUUUAGAUGACAUGUUGCAAUCUGGUAAAUACGACAUCCCUAAAACAGCUCUGGAUACUGGCCCCAAGCAGGUCCUUCCUGCGUUGAAAAAUCGAUACGUUUCGCGUCUCACUCGCAGACAAUUGGCCCUUGUUUUAGGAAUCCACAAUUACGACAUCUCUUUGGUGAAGGAUAUUGAAAAUGUGAUCCUUGCGAUGUGCGAUCAGUUGUGCGGGCUAAAAAUCGGUGAAAGCUCAUGGAGCAGAAUUCCACGAUUGGCAAGAAAGGAUGCAGUCCUGAAGGUCUACCGAUUCGCAACCCCGUUCUUCCCGAAUUUUACUAUGGACAACGUUCUCACUAUCAUCAAGAGAGGUGCCUAUUCGCGCACACAAGAGUUCUUGAGACGUAAAAGGAGAAGAGAGAGAAAAUAUAGCAUUGAGCAAAAUAUGUCUGCUAUGAAAAAAUAG